AUGGAAAAUGAUUAUAUUAAACAAGGAGACGAUAGUAACAAGCCUCUCCUUGAGGAAGUUAUUUAUCCCGAUAUUGAACCUGGUAUUAUUAAUCGAAUAAUGAUUGAGAACUCCUUUUUGCAAGAUGCAUAUCGUGGUGAAGAGCGACGCCUACAUAAAAUGGAACCCGUUGUAUUAGAUCAAAUUACAUCAAUUCGCUUGGAGUUUAAAAAUAUAUUACGCAUAGAUCAUUUGUGGAUCAUUCCAAAUCUUACCAAGCUCAGUUUAAACUGUAAUAAAAUUGAAGUGAUUGAAAAUAUGGAAAUGCUGCCUGCUCUAACGGAGUUAAACCUAAGUUUUAACUACAUUGAAAAAAUAGAAAACCUUGAAAAACUUGUUAAUCUUGAAGUUUUAUCGCUAUUUAAUAACCGGAUCGAAAAAAUUGAGAAUAUGGAUGCGCUUGAAAAACUUGUUAUUUUAAGCCUUGGAUGUAAUUUAAUUAAUACUGUUGCAGGCAUUGAACGAUUCCGUUUUAUGACUAACUUAAAGGUCCUUAAUUUGGAAGGCAACCCAGUUGCUAAGAGGACUGAUUUCUGUUUAUUGCUAUAUGUAAUUGCUAUAUUACCAAAACUGAACUACUAUGAAUACACUUUCAUAAAGAACGAAUUACGUGAAGAAGCUUGUGCUUUGUUCUACCGAGAACUGCGCGAAGUAGAAGAUAAACAAGAACAAGAGAUACAAUCACGCGAGUUAGAAGAACUGGAACAAUCUGAAGCGAAACGGCUAGCUUCAAGUUUUGUUGAGCACUUGGAUGGCCAUCAACUUUUUGAGUCUUUAUGGCGAGGUGACGAGGAUGGACGUAUAUUGAUGCUUGUGGGACAACAAGCGGUAGAGCUUGCGGAUGAAUACGAUAAAGAUAUAUUUGAGCUCACUCAAGAAAUUUAUAAACUGGGAUUGGAACGAUUUGGUGAGCGAGAUGAAGAAAUUCAAGAUUUUUUAAACAAUCUUAAGGAGGGUCAAGAAGAACUACAAAUUAUGGGACAAAAAGGGAUCGAAGAUUUUUUACAAUUUAAAGAAACCAUUUUUGAAGAAGCUCGUACUACACUACGACAGUUGGAGUAUAACACAAUGCAUGGUGAAGACGAAGAAUCUCCGGAAAAUCUAGUCCUUUCUGAUAUUGUCGAUAAACUAAAUAUUCAAUUUGAAGAUGCUAUGAAUGAUUUGUGGCAAACUUUGAUGACACAAGAACUGUAUUUGCAUGAGGCUAUCGAGGAAUCAACAACAAACUUUCAUCGCAAAAUUGCGGAGCUUAUGUCAAAAUUUGUGGAACAAUCGCAGUCAUUUUUUGUACAACUGCGAGAAAUUUCUGUUCACUUUUCUGAAAAUAUGACGGAAAUUGUGACACGUUUUAUUUCUACAAAAUUGGCACUUCAGGACUUUGAUGAUGUACCAAGUGAUUUGCGAAUGUGUAUGGAGGAUCGUGACGCUAUAUUAAACUUAAUAGCUGGUAUGAAGGAUACACAUACGUUGAGGAUAGAUGAACGAGAGGAUAGAAUUGCGACACGCAGUAAGGAAUUUAUAGAUCAAAUGAUUGAUAAUCUAAAUAGUAAUGAAAUUGAACGACAUCGAUCAAAAAUUUUGGAAAUCAAUUCGUUUAUCGAAAUUCUGACUGAAGCUAUGGCUUUGUUACCCCAUGAUAUAAGAGAAGAACUAGCUGCCGAGGAAUACGUUGUUUAAACGUUGUUUUAGAGACAUCAGAACCGGUGUUGAAAUUUAUGUUAUCAAUAUUACCUUACCAAACCCCUCAUUAUGCGUUGAAAAAUUUUUUGCAUGAGAUUGUAUGAGAACUUUGGAUAUUUUUAAUAGACCAAUUUGAUAGAAUAGCCGAAUAUCUUAGAAUUCAAAA